GCAACCAAUCUUUGGAAUGGUAAAAUUUUGCCAUUGUUAGGUAAGAAUAAUAAGAGGAAGAAAGAGGAGGGGGGAAUGAAACGGAUGCAAGUGCAAAAUAAUAACAUUAAAAACGCAGGCAAUUUAUAGAAUUGUUUUUCUUUUUUUGCCCCUUUUCUGGGUCGGUUGCGCCUAACGCCUAACCUGCAGACGCUGACCAUUUUUAUCGGAUCUGAUCUGAUCCUUCCCUUAUCAUUUUGGGCCUGCUGCCGCUUCCAGAUCCACCAGAGAUAAUAAACAUUUAUACAUUGUCUAUACACCUCGCCCCUUAGAUCUUGCGCCACAGGUAUUUUUGUUUCGUUUAUGUUCUGGUUUUUCUUCUUGUUUGAGGUUUUUAUUCAUGAGUCACCGUUAUUUUUCUGGUAAAAAAUUAGCUCGGCGGGGGCACUGGCACUGGAAAGUGGGCUUAGGCUUGGGGUGUUUUGCAUUUUGAUAGCAUUGUUGUUGUUAUUAUCGAUAUUGGUUUCCGAGGUUAGGGUUUUUGCAUCGAGAAGUUCAAAUUGCGGGCAAGGUUUCUGGGGGCAUUGAGGGCAGUGGUAUGUGGAAUUGAGAGAAAAUGUUAUUGCACGGAGGCCGUUCAAUAAUGUUACACUCAUUGGGAUAGCGUAUUGAAUACUCGACUUUAACAUGAGGGUUUGAUUUAGAGUUUGGAAGGCUGCGAAUAUUUUACGGCAUUGGGGGCAGUCUUUUGUAGACAUUUGACAGAUGAACAAAUCUGCAUUGAGUUCGUGUUGUUAUGUCGCCAUUCAGGCAUUUCAAAUGGAUUCUCGCUCUGGAGGAUUUUGUUUGCAUAUGCCACCAAGGGUUUCGAUUAUUCGGCUUUGCUUGCACUUUUUAAGCUGUCAAUGCUGAAUUUUCUUAUUCAACUGUUUGGAAUUUUGGCGUAGAGGGAUUGUUUGGUUUGAAUUCAAAGAUGGUGUUUAAGGGUAAGUUUUUCUGUAGUCAGAAACAGUCCAAGCCUGAAGGAGGUGAUGGCCAAAACUGCAGCCAGGUCAACAAUGCAUGGUCAAAUGGCAUUGGGAGUAGUAGCAGCACUAUGGGUAGCAGCAGCAAGAACGGGAAAAAGAAAGGGGCAGUUGUCAAGGAAGAAAGUAAGAAGGAAAUUAAUGCAGCAGGUGUUGCUGGGAAGGAUAGCAAGUGGAAGAAAAAGGAAAUUGUAGGAAAGGUUGCAGGCAAUAAAUUGAAAGACGCCGUAGAUGGUGAUAGCGUCAAAGAUGGGACAAAUAGUAAGCAGGCUGCCACAAAGCUCAAAAAAGUUGUGACAGUAGACCAAAUCCAGGAUAAGAGUCCUGGGCAAUCUCCAAAAGAGACAGUUGGUGAUAAGUCGGGCAUUGAUCGAUCUUCAGGUGCAGGCUCCCCCAUUUUGGCAUCCUCUCUUGGUCUCAAUCGAAUUAAGACUAGAUCUGGUCCUUUACCUCAGGAGAAUUUUGGUGGUAGAGGUUUUGUUAAUAAUUUUGACCAUUUGAGGAGGUUUGUACCUAGUCUGCAGGAUGGGGUACCAACAAAAAGUUCAACUUUGGGUGCUAGUAAAUUGUCAAGAACUGAAAACUCUUCCAAUUUGACCUCAAAUGGUGGCAAAUCUUUGCAAAACUUAAGUUCCUGUCAUAGCAGCCCAAUGGGUUCAGGUUCUGUAAUUAUAAAUGAUGACAGGGGAUCACAUGCUGCAAGCUCAAGGAAAGAGUCCCAGAGUGGAACUUCGCAGGAUAACAUUUCACUUGGCAGUUGGGUUGACAUAGACAGCAACUUUGACAGCUUAUCAACAGGUGGCCGAUCCAGAGAUGACAGCCCAGUUGUGCAUAGAGACUUUCAGCUUCCUUCUGGCAGUCGUCUUCAAUAUGAAACAAAAGCCUCUGCAUGGGAUGUGCCAGGAUGCAGCAGGAGCUCAGGUCCACAUAUUCAAGAAAUAGAGGCCACUUGUGGUGCUGCAAAAGAAUCAGAAUCUCCUCGCUUCCAAGCUCUACUUCGUGUAACAGGAGGUCCUUGGAAGAAGAAAUUUCCCAAUGAUGUAAAGAGUUUCUCCCAUGAAUUAGAUCCUAGAGGGGUUCGACCUUUCCCAUUUUGGAAACCACGCAAUUUUAAUAAUCUACAGGAAGUCUUGACAGCUAUACGAGCCAGGUUUGACAGGGCAAAACAAGAAGUAGACUCUGACUUGGCAAAAUUUGCAGGAGACUUGGUUGAAAUACUUGAGAAGAACACAGAAGUUCAUCCAGAAUGGCAAGAGAGCUUGGAAGAUCUCCUGGUCUUGGCUCAGCAGUGUGCAACAAUGUCAGCAGGGGACUUUUGGUUGCAAUGUGAAGGUAUUGUGCAGGAUUUAGAUGAUAGGCGUCAAGAACUUCCUAUGGGUGUGCUAAAGCAACUCCAUACGCGCAUGCUUUUUAUCCUUACGCGUUGCACACGUUUAUUGCAAUUUCACAAGGAGCAAGGUUUGGAUGAAGAUGGGAACAUUUCAAGAUUUCAUGUACCAAGUUCAGGGACACCUUAUCAGGAGAAAGAAAAGAUUUCCACUUCUGGAAAGGAAGCAAAAUCAACUCGUACUCCACGUUUUUUUAGUGAAGAACAAAAACCUUAUAAUUGGGAGGGUAGAGAAAAAGCUGUACCUUCUUUAAAUAUCCGUGCAGAUACAACAAAAUCUGAUGGUUCUUCUGGAAUGAGGGAUCGCAUUGCCUCUUGGAAGAAGCUUCCCUCUUCAGGUGAUAAAAAUCAGAAGAAAAGCACUACUGUGAAAGAAUCAUCUACUGAAUUUAAGUCUGAUUCUAUUAAGACAUCAAACAAGCAGAGAACCUUGGUGGAUGGUAAUCAGGCAAGUGUCAAAGCUCCAGAACUUCCUACUCUUAAGGAAAAUUCUAUUCAUUCUACUACAUCUUCUAAGCAUCAGCAUAGGAUUUCCUGGGGUUACUGGGGAGAUCAGCAAAACAUCACAGAUGGGAGCUAUGCAAUGAUUUGUCGGAUCUGUGAGGAAGAAGUGCCCACAUCUCACUUGGAAGAGCACUCACGCCUUUGUACAAUAGCAGAUAGAUGCGACUUAAAGGGUUUGAGUGUAGAUGAACGGAUGAGAAGGAUUGCAGACACUCUUGAGAAGAUAGUGGAGGCCUACACUCCUAAGAGUUCACAGACAACAGGAGGAAGUCCUGAUGUUGGAAAAGCAUGCAAUAUGAGUGUAACUGAAGAAUCUGAAGAGCCUUCUCCCAAGCUGAGUGAAUCCUCUCGUAGAGGUUCUGAAGACAUGCUAGAUUAUCUUCCAGAAACCUAUGGCAUGGAUGAAUUGAAGGGCAAUAUAACUAUGUCAUGUAAGACUCGAUUUGGGCCAAAAUCUGAGCAAGGAAUGACAACAUCGUCUGCAGGGAGCAUGACACCACGGUCUCCCCUUACUACUCCAAGAACCUGUCAGAUUGACAUCCUGCUUUCAGAGAGGACAAGCUUUUGUGAAUACGAGGAUCCUCGCCAGAUAAAUGAACUCAUUGAUAUUGCUCGCUGUGUAGCAAAUGCACAAAUCAAUGAAGGAGGAGUAUUAGAGUAUUUAGUUUCAUGUUUAGAGGAUCUCCGCGAUGUCCUUCAGCAAAGUAAGGCUGAAGCUCUUGCAGUAGACACUUUUGGGAAGCGUAUAGAAAAGUUGCUUCGUGAGAAGUAUUUGCAUGUCUGUGAACUGAUGGAAUCAGAAGAGGAGAAGCUGGAAACAUCUGGCGGCAUUUUGGAUGAAGAAGGUCCAAUGGAUGAUGAUGUGGUUCGGAGUUUGCGAGCAAGUCCUAUCCAUUAUGCUUCCAAAGACAGAACUUCAAUAGAUGAUUUUGAGAUUUUAAAACCUAUAAGUCGAGGGGCCUUUGGACGAGUGUUUCUGGCCAAAAAGAGGACUACUGGGGAUCUCUUUGCUAUAAAGGUUCUCAGAAAGGUAGACAUGAUUCGGAAGAAUGCAGUGGAAAGUAUUUUAGCUGAGCGUGACAUUCUAAUAUCUGUUCGGAAUCCUUUUGUGGUCCGCUUUUUCUAUUCAUUCACAUGUCGAGAAAACUUGUAUCUCGUGAUGGAGUACUUAAAUGGGGGAGACCUUUAUUCGUUGCUGAGAAAUUUAGGCUGCCUAGAAGAGGACAUGGCACGCAUUUAUAUAGCUGAAGUUGUUCUAGCUCUGGAGUACUUGCACUCAUUGCACAUUGUGCAUAGAGAUCUGAAGCCAGAUAACUUGCUGAUUGCCCAUGAUGGGCAUAUUAAGUUGACAGAUUUUGGACUCUCAAAAGUUGGUCUCAUAAAUAGCACUGAUGACUUGUCUGGACCAGCAGUGAGUGGCACAAUGCUUCUAGGUGAAGAUGAACAACAACACUCUGUCACAGAGCAAUCUCACCAAAGAGAAAGGCGUCAAAAUCGUUCAGCUGUUGGAACCCCCGAUUACUUGGCACCAGAGAUCCUCCUGGGAACUGGACAUGCUGAAACUGCAGAUUGGUGGUCUGUUGGAGUCAUUCUUUUUGAAUUGCUUACAGGGAUUCCACCUUUUAAUGCAGAACACCCUCAGAAUAUAUUUGAUAAUAUUUUGAAUCGUAAAAUACCUUGGCCAAAUGUCCCUGAGGAGAUGUCAUAUGAAGCAGAAGACUUGAUCGAUAAGCUUCUUACUGAGGAUCCAAAUCAAAGACUUGGAGCUAAAGGUGCAGCAGAGGUGAAAAGGCAUCAAUUUUUCAAGAACAUUAACUGGGACACACUACAGAGGCAGAAGGCAGCUUUUGUUCCAACCGCAGAUGGGGCACUUGACACAAGUUAUUUCACUUCUCGAUAUAUGUGGAAUGCAUCAGAAGGGGAUGUUUAUUCAGCUAAUGAUUUUGAAGAUAUUAGUGACUGUGGGAGCAGUAGUGGGAGCAGUAGUUCUUUAAUAAAUGGACCUGAUGAAGUGACAGAUGAAUGUGGAGGCUUAGCUAAAUUUGACAGUACAUCUGUGAAGUACUCCUUCAGCAAUUUCUCAUUCAAGAACUUGUCGCAGCUGGCAUCUAUUAACUAUGAUUUGCUGACAAAAAGUGGGAAGGACUCUCCAAGAGGUUCUGAUUGACAUUCCUCUUUCUCUAAAAUGUUUACCAUCUGGUAAACUGAAAGGAGAUUAUCCACAAAUCAUCAGAACCUAUGGGUAUUCCAUGUACAAUAUGUAAAUAUAUCUUCAACAUGUGAUAGCAUUAUUAAUUAGUUGUGGAGGCAUAUAAUUUUCUUAUAAUGUGAAAUUGCAAAGAUCAUAUGUAAGGAAGUUGGCCUGGGCAGCAGCCUUGGAGUUGCAUAUUUGCGAAAAGUAAUCAGGCACUAUUCUGCUAUUUUGUAAGCUAUAUAGUGGCUUUGUAAAGUUUAAAAGUAUCAUGAAUGUUCCUUUUCCCUAUUCAAGAGCAGGUAUAACUCUAGAAAUGUUCCCAGUGUCCUGUGUACCAAGUGACUCUUGUGGUCUACUUGCUGCUUCAGACCAUUAGUUCAAGCACAUUUCUAUGUGUGCCUGUCUGCUGUUGAAAUCUUUUGUGUUGCUUUGAGUUACAUGUAUGGAAAUUAUUUUAGCCAAACAAAGUGGCACGCUGAUGACAAUAUGUUAUCAUUACACGGUGUAUAAGAAAUGAUUUUGUCCAUUUAAAUGGCAA